AUGCAUUCGUGCAUUAUUCUUAGUUUAGGUAGCAGUUAUAAGUAUAUAGAGAAUUAUACUCUUGCAAAGGACUCUGAUAUUACAAGGUGUGCAAGGAUGAGUGAUAGAGUUAUAUUCUUGCGUAUAGAUAAUUUACCACCCGGUAAGACAUGGAAACAGGUCAAAUAUCUGAUCGGGGGCAUUAUUCACCAUUCGAACGUGGUCAAAGUUAAGAUGUUGCCUCUUAUGUCGUCGAUAGUACCCCCAUUUAUACCAUUUCAAAGCUGUGUUGUGUCGUUGCGAGGAGGGUUGGAUGGCAGCUCGUUGAACGAGCUGCUGGUUAGUCUGAAUACUUUCCAGUGGGACUAUUAUAACCUAUAUGCGUAUACAUUGCCUCAGCCGAUGGAUAUGGGUACUUCUGGUGAGGAUCGUCGACGUUAUUUGGGUCAUUUUUCGCAGGGUUUUCAACCAUCGGUACCGGAGUUGAAGAGUGCUUUGGCAGAUGGGCUGGGGGCAGGUAACUCGCGCAGGUUGAGACAGAUCUUCAAUGAACGAAGCUUUAGGAAACAGAUGACUGGCAGGGGUAUGUGGCAGUUGCAAUUAGACAAUUUCCCGCCUUUUUUGAAACUGGAUACGAUGGAAACUCUGACUCCGGAGGACGAUGAGGCUUUGCGGGAGAAGGGAGUACCGGAGUUGGAAAUCGAACAGCCAGAUAAGUUUGGAAGACUCCGGUGGACUGUACUAAAGGAUUUUAUCAAAUUGAAAUGCCCCAAGCUGUUGAACUUGGAAGACAAAUCGAUGGAUGGGACAGAGAACAACACAAGGGAAUUUUAUGUUGGUGUUUAUGAAGAUGCAGAGGAACAGGUGCGAUUGAAGAUCUCAGGGGAAAGUAGGAUUGUAAAGUCCACUGUAUAUAAGGCGAUCGUUGGGUUUAAUGAUAAAGAAUUGUGCGAUUUAUGCUUGGAGAGUUUGCAGGAUCAGGAGUACUCAUUGGGAUACAGGCUAAAAGUAAGACAUUUACCACCGUAUGAUGAACGGAAUAAUGGUAUAACAGAGAAUAAUAAUAAUAAUAAUAAUGAAUAA